AUGGAGUCGCCUCCCACCACCAGCACGUCUCCUCCAGAGCCCCGAGAGCCAGAAUCAUCCACGAUCUCGGUGCAUGAAUCAAGCAGUCCUCGUCGAUCUUAUCCUGCUAUCGUACAUUUCACCGUAUUAGCGGCAGUCACCCUUCCACUGACUCUCGUGCCGUAUAUCUUCACUCGGCGUCGGUUGUCAACUCUGCGUCAAAGCAUCAAGCAGCUAGAGACCAACAGUACAUUACUUCGAAAGGAGCUCAGCUCAACAUCUUCCGAACUUGGGAGGGUAAGAGAUGAUGUUCGAAGGAUGAGGGGAUUACUUCACGAGGUGAUGGAGGAGACCGAAGGUUUGCGAACGGACGUCAGGCAAAGAGAAGCCACACAGAAAGCAGCGGAUGACGCAACAAGAAGCGAGCUGCGAGAAAUUUCGAAUGUAGCUCGUAUCUCUCAAUUGCAUGGGGGUUCACUGCGUAUGUUAGGGCUAUCGCUCGCUGAGAUCGCUGCUUUCAUGCAUGAGAAUGAAUUGCGGAUGCCAUUGCUUGGGAAGCGGGCAGAUAAAUCUCGUGUAGACCAAAUUCGAUCGGUCGCCUUGAAGCUACAGGACUUGCCCUGCGUGCCCGAAGAGGACUUCAAGAACAGAGCAAGGUGA